AGACAGCUCCACUUGCGUGAUUACAAGGCGGAGUUUGGGGUCCUCCAAUCUCUCUUUCCGCCGUACCCGCCAUCUUGUAGCUGCCCGGGUAAUCAGGCAAAAUGACGAACACCAGAGGCAAGAGGAGGGGAACCAGGUAUAUGUUCAGCCGGAAAUUCCGCAAACAUGGCCCAAUCCCUCUGUCCACGUACAUGCGCAUCUACAAAAGGGGAGAUAUUGUUGAUAUUAAGGGCACAGGUACCAUUCAGAAAGGUAUGCCUCACAAAUGCUACCAUGGCAAGACAGGUCGUGUCUACAAUGUCACCCAGCACGCUGUUGGCAUUGUUGUGAACAAGCAGGUCAGGGGGAAGAUUCUUGCCAAGAGGAUCAACGUGCGCAUUGAGCAUGUGAAGCACUCAAAGAGCAGGGACAGCUUCCUGCAGCGCGUCAAAGAGAACGAGGCCAGGAAAGCCGAGGCCAAGCAGAAGGGCACCUGGGUGGAACUCAAGCGUCAGCCUGCUCCUCCCCGUGUAGCUCACUUUGUCAGCACCAAGAAGAACGAGCCUCAGCUGCUGGAGCCCAUCCCCUACGAGUUCAUGGCAUAAAGUGUCAUCCAAAAUAAAGAUGUUUGUACACAUGC